AGCUUCCCUGUCAAUGUUGCUUGCCUUUGCACAUUAGGCAAUGACUAUAGCAGCAGUUGAUCCUGUUGCAGCCACUGGGAAAGAACCAGUCAUUGAAUUAUAUAUGCAUGACAUUCUUGGGGGCAGUAACCCAACAGCUCGACCCGUAACUGGCUUGCUAGGCAACAUAUACAGUGGUCAAGUGCCCUUUGCAACCCAAGUAGGAUUCAACACCCCACAAGGUGGGAUUCCCAUCCCCAAUGCCAAUGGUGCUGUUCCCACUGUCAAUGGAGUUUUUGGUACUCCACUAGGAACUGGCUUGGCUGGUACUUCUUUUGCAGGAAACUCAAACAACAACAACCAAAAUAAUGCACAGCUUCAGGUAGGACCUGAUGGACUGGGACUAGGCUUUGGAACAAUCACUGUAAUAGAUGAUAUCCUAACUUCUCAACCUGAGUUGGGGUCCCAAAUAAUUGGGAAAGCUCAAGGGGUGUAUGUGGCAAGUUCAGCAGAUGGGACUAGACAGAUGAUGGCAUUCACAGCCCUGUUUGAAGGAGGGGAAUAUGGAGAUAGCUGGAACUUUUAUGGCCUGUACAAGAUUGGAAGUAAUUUCUGGUAG